AUGGCCAACGUACCUGAAGUUUUAUGGGCCCAGCGCUCACAUGUCACUGAUCCCAGCAGAAACCUGAUCUCUCUCGCGGUAAAGGUUGUGGACCCAGACCAUCUCGAAUCACACCUCACAAACACAUCCUUGACCUUUUCCGCGCUGCGAUUGAAAGCCCCAGAUCUCCUGGGUCACGCUUCAACGCCCCACACCAUAAAAUACAAAUUCCAUAUUGACUUUUUCGACAACAUUGACUCUGAAAGGUCGCACUACGAGGUCACAGGAUCGCAUGUUUUAUACAAGCUUUUCAAGAAAACGAUCGGUAUAGAGUACUGGCCAAGGUUGACCAAGGAGAAGGUAAAAUUGCAUUUCCUCAAGACGGAUUUCGACCGAUGGGUCGACGAGGACGACCAGGGGGAUUUAGACGAUGAGGAAAAUGAUACUUUCACAGAGCGUUUCCCGUUGGUGACUCCAAACAAUGGAGCUUCAUUGGAUACGAGGAACUUGGCGGUAUUGCAGGAGGAAUUAGGGUCCAAGAGCCCGACAACAGCCAUGGCUGAGUUUGAAGCUGCCACAGCGUCAGAUCAGGAAUCAAGCGACGAUGAGUAG